AUCGUGGAGCAGCGGAAGGAACUACUCCGUGUGAGAGCUGAGAGUUUAUGGAAGAAGGGCAAUUUCAAGAACGAGAACACGAUGGAAGCCACAAAUGAAGCUACCAGCGAAGCCGACGCAGAUCCAAACGAAAAGCAGUUCAGUACGUUCAUAGACGCCCUGCUGCAGGAAAGCGGAAAGUCUAUAUCUCAUCAGAGCGUAUUGGAUGAAAUGCUGACAUUUUUAGUGUCAGGCAUUGAUACAUCCGCCAUCACUCUACAGUUUGCACUUUACUUUUUAGCCAAAAACCCACUAGUUCAAAAUAUAUUCGACGCUGCCGGUUCUACAAAAAUAACUCCGGAUGCGUUACAACGAAUGGAGUUCGUGGAGAUGAUUUUGUACGAGACCCUUAGAAUGCACCCACCCGUUUUCUUCUUUUUGAAAGAAGCAGGCGUUGACACUCCUCUUGUCUCCUCCGAUCUCGUUGUUCCUGCUGGAGCUACUGUGAUUAUGUCUCAGAGGACUUUGCAUAUGGACCCUAAAUUGUACCCUGAUCCACACAAGUUUGACCCAGAAAGAUUUUCUUCUGAGAAUUCUGCCGAACGACACCCAUUCGCCUACAUUCCGUUUUCUGCAGGAAUGCGUGCUUGCCCUGGAAGAAAAUUUGCGAUGAUGUCUUUGAAAACCACUAUUAGUAAAGUUAUUUGGAAUUUCCAAAUUCUACCAGAUGAAACGUAUGAACCAGAGUUACUUUGGGGCCUCUCUAUGGUUACGGCCAAUGGAAUGAGGAUUAAACUUCUAAAGAGAUAAACGUAUCGAAGAUAAUAAAGAGCGCAAAUUAAACAGUAGCUUUUCAAUGCUACCCAGUUCCUAUAGAACAUGGGAACCGGAUGGAAUGGAGCUGAUCUUCAGAAUAAAUUGAAAUACAAUUAAAGGAAACGUUUACUUAGUAAAGAAGUAAUACUGCAUGUGUUUAGCCAUAUACAGUCAAACAUUCUCAUAACGGAAGAGUACGAGACAGAUCUAAAUUUCCUUUUAAGACAGGUUUCUGUUAUUACCAGAUUUUCAAAAUUUACUAAGCCAACUAAAAUGUAGUUCGCCACAAAAUUAUUUUUUAAUUAAAUUAAUUUCUAUUUUUUAAAGAAACUUAAGCAACCCUUUGGGUAGUCCUUCAUCACCCAUUCUGGCUGAUAAAGAUAUGGAGAAUUUUGAGCUGGCCUGUUUACAUUUCCCUUUUGUACUCCUAAAAUCUAUAGAAUAUAAGUAGAUGACACCUUUUUAAUUAUUAAUAGAAAUAAAAUUUACCAGGUUCUUCAACAGUUAUCACAGUAGAUUGUCAUUCACACAUAUAAUGGGACUGGAAACCAAGCAGAAUUUUUUAGACGUCGAGGUCAUGAAAAUUGGUAACCUCAUUACCCCAAACUGGUGCAAAAAAUGUACCUUCUCGGGGAGGUACCUUAACAACUAUCCUAACCACUCUAAUAUACAAAAAGUCAGUGUAAUUACACGUUUAGUCCAAAGUUAUUUUUCUGUU